ACUUGGCAGCACUAUCAAAAGUAGUGCCACAAGCCAAAACAAAAACUAUUUUUUCAUUAAAUUCGCGCAAAACAGUAAUAAAAUAAACAUAUUUAAUUAAUAAAGCUUAUAAUAAAUUAAUUCGAAUAUAAAAAAUCUUUGUAAUACUUUCCCUUAAAUGACAGAUAAUGCGUCAUUUACAAUGUUUGUGGAAAUAAAUAGCCAACGCAUUCCUUUGGAUAUUGGACAAUUGUAUCUGCUGGGCAAGCAAAACGAAGAAAGCGUUAACAAAGCAAAUAAUUUUAUUAAAUUAGAGUCUGAAGAAGAUGUUGAGCACAAGCAUUGCGUCAUAGAAGUAGGACAUGGAGAGGAUGUAUACGUUUUCGAUUUAUUUAGCUCUAAGGGAACUUUGGUGAAUAAUACACUUUUAAAGGGUCUGGAGAAAUUGCGUUUGAAAAAUGGUGAUAUUUUGAAAGUGGGUAAACAGGAGAUCAAAUUUCAUCAUGAUCAACAGGAAGUGUCUCACGACAGUAGUGGUUUCCUAGAAGUCAACAAAAAUACCUCCGAUAUUAUACCCUCCAGUCCCGACUCUACUUCACAACAUGAGAGUCGUAUUAAACGGACAAAUUAUAAUAAUUUCUUAGUGCCAGCGUUACCCGCUAAAAAAGCCACGACUCCCAAUAAUAGUUUAGUUAUACCUGAAACAGAAGCAGCCAAUGCCAGUAGAAACUCCCUAAAUGUCUCAACGAAUAGUCGGCGUAGUGAUAGCUUUACUAUACCCGAAACGCAAUAUUGCAGAGCACGCAAUUCCUUAAAUGCCUCUGAUCUUUCAAUAGCCGAAAGUAAUCCAGAUGUCAGCGGAAAUAAAAUAAAAUUCAAUUUUGGCAAUUUAGAUGAUUUCGAUAAUGAUGAUGAUUUUUGUAUACCAGAAACGCAGGAAGUUUUGCCAGCUGGAGGCGGUAUAUCCAGCAGCCAGAGGCCACGUUUAUUGUCUGAGGUCAAAGAAAAGAGCAUAUUGCUAGAAGAAUCAACAAAAGAGGAAGCAGGCGAAAGUGCCAAUGAGAUAGAUGGCAGUCAGUUUAGAAUCUGUACACAGGAUUACAAUGAAGGUUUUGGUGAAGAGGCGGAUCAGGGCUUACAUUCUCAAAUUAUACCUUUAAUAAAACACCACACAGUAAUUUUGAAUACUACAGCAAAAUCUUGCAAUGAAAAUGAAAAUUCAAGAAAUCACUCGAAACUUGAUGAGGAAGAUAAAGAGAUCUCGUCGGUCAAGUGGUCCAAUUCAAAAAUCGAUCAAGAAACAACGGCCUUAAGGGCUGACUGCUCCACACCGGAUAUAUUUGAUUUCGAGGGCUUACAAGCCGAUACCGAAAAAGCUAAAGAACCAGACAAUGUAACAAAGUCGAGUUUAGAAGUAAAGCUUAACAUGCCGGUUGAAGAUGAAGAAGAUUUAGCCAACACAAGUUUUCUACCUUCUGCUACGAAACAUAUAGAAAAUAAAGGAUCUAAUGUUGAGGAUAAACCUUGCUUGGAAAAGGAAAAAGAAGAAGUGUUAACUUUAAGUGAUAAAGAGAAUAGAUGUCCUAUCACUUUGGAGCCCAUAACAGAUGUGCCUCCUACACAACUAUUUGAAAAAUCCUGCUACAUUCUUUGCCGAAAUGGAGAAAACUCCUUUAAAGCCGAAAACUUCGCCAGUAUCAUAUUUCAAAGUUCCCGUUUAAGGAAAACUUCUUCAGCCACCAGUACUACCUCAGAAACUGGAUUUAGAUCUAUGUGCACACCUCAACUCAUUAAAGAACACUUACAUGUGGACCAAACGGAAGUAAGGAAAAAUAUUUUAGCGGUCAAAAAUAACAUUUGUUUGGGCGAUGAUACCGACGAAGAGGAAAAAGAGGAAGAGUGAUGAUCAAGUGAUUUGGUUAAAUUAAUAAAUAUACCUAAAGAUUCUUUAGAUUUUGAUAAAUUACUACCUCAUUUGAAAAGUCAACCUGAGGCCAACAAAUUAAAUAAAGAACAACAGGCCGCUAAAGAAGCUCAAAAAUUAUACAAAUUUAAUAUCUCUUUUGGCAAAGAACAAGAUAAAAAUCAAGCAAAAGCUGCACAGUCUAAGUCCUCUCAACUAAGUCGCGAUGAAAGACAUGCGGCUCGCGAUAAAGAAAGAGAAUUAGCCGAACGUAAGGGGAGAUCUAAAACAAAGGAUAGUAGCAGAAAUCAUAGUAAAGAUGAGAGUAAAGAAAAGUCUCAAGAAAAGAAAACAAAGCAGAAGGAGACAAAAGCUAAAAAGGCCCAAUCUUCAACUAAACAAGACCAGGAAGAACAAAAGUCUUUAGCUAAACAAGAUGAAGGAGAACAAAAGUCUUCUACUAAACAAGAAGAAGAUAAACAUAAGUCCAAAACUAAACAAGAGCAAGAAGAACAAAAGUCAUCAACUAAACCAGAGAAAACUACUAGACAACGUAAAAGAAAAGCAUCUUCUGAUACCACAGAGUCAGCAAAGGAAAUAAAAAAGGACGAAACAACAAAAGAAAUGCCAGCUAGACGCAUGACUCGUGCCAAAUCGAGGCAUGAGGAAAAACCCUCUACUAGCAAGGAGGCUAUCGUAAGCAAGACAACAAAACAUAAACCGGAGACAGUGGAUGAUUUGGAUAGUAUAUCCACACAACCCUAUGAAGAAGACGAUAUGGACAGUAUUGCCACACAACCAUAUGAAGAUGAUUUGAAUAUAAAAUCUACCACACCGAUUAUUCGUCUUACACGUUGUCGCUCCACUUCCAAACAAAGUGAAUCUCAAGACAGUAUAACAACAAAUAAUUUAUUGCGUAAAACUGAACAACACAAUAAAAGUAAAAAUGAUUCAUCAUUGUCUCAUAAUACUUCCGCAAAUGGAAGUAUAACAACGAAGACAUCCGGUGAACGUAAACGGAAAGCAGAAGCAACUCCUCCAGUAGUACCACAAAAAAUAGAACGUAAACGUUUAAGAAGCACACAUUCCCAGGAAUCUGCCACAACAAAAACAAACUCAACACCAACAACCCCAACUUUAAUAUCCAUGACUAUGGUGGAUCCAGAACUAUUUCAGGAUUUAAUAAGAAAUAGUAAAGGAUUUUGGAAUGUUGCUAAAUAUCCAGCAGAUAGUGAGAUUUUAGUAAUGGAUAAAGCAUUUAGAACAUUUAAAUUUCUUUUAGCCAUGGCCAGGGGUAUACCUAUAGUAACAUCUAAAUAUCUAAAGAAACUAAAUGAAUCAAAAUCGCCCAAAUCGGUUAAAAUAAAUGAUUAUCUCUUUACGGAUGAAGAAUUCGAAAAGAAACAUAAAUUUUCAUUGUUUAAAUCCCUGCAAAUGGCUAAAAAACAUAAACUAUUUCAAGGUUAUGAAUUUGUGAUGACAAAUAAUAUUUUACCAAAUCCUCAGGAAAUUAAAGCUAUUAUUGAAGCUUCUGGUGGUUAUGUGCAUGAAAAAAAUCCACCUGCUGCCAAAGAUAAUCAAAAAAUCUAUUUAGUCAGUACCAAGGAGGACAAAAAGGAUUGGCACAAGUAUAGACGUAUAAAUAAAAAUAUAAUAAUUGUUUCCACUGAGGCUGUAAUGUCGUCGAUAAUGAGACAAACUUGUGAACGCUUAAACUGCUAUACAUUGUCUUAAAAUUGUUGUGUUUUUAUGACAGAUAUUAUUAUAGUUUAUUUUAGUUAUAGCGUACCUUUAUAUAUUUUUAAAUGUUUAUACAUAAUUCCUAUUUUUAUACAAAAAUUUCGUAUUUUUAUAGAACCUGGAGUUCAUUCGUUCUUUAUAUUCUUUUUGUUUAUGUUUUUAUUUUUACUGUUAAAAAAUAAGAAAUCUCUAUGUGUGUACAUACAAAAUAUGUUUAAUCAAAAUCAUAAUUUUGUCUUUGUUUUAUAUACUUAUAUCGUUUUAGAUGCCAAGUUAAUGUUGUUUUAAUGAAGCCUAUAAGCGUAUAUAAAUUACAAACAAAAUAUGUAUUAAAUUCCGUUUAUUGUUAUUACAAAACAAAACGAUUUCUACAAAUUUAAACUCCCUGUUCUAAAAAUUAUAAUUUGAAAUUAUAAAUAAAGAAAAA